UGUUCUGGAACUUUUUGCCAUGCUUCGCCAUGGUCUUCUCGGCUUUCUCGUCCUUGCCCUUGCGCUCACGGAGAACGCCACGGUGCUCAGAGACGAUUUGACCAAUACGACCAAUUUGACCAGCCACCGGCCCCAAGAGGAAAAUGACACCGCGCACCUAGGCAAGGAAGCCUUGGAGGCACGGAAGACCUUCUAUGUCACGAUCAUUGCUGCUUUGUGUGGCUCUUUGGUUCUGGCCAGCAUUUGUGUGCUGAAGCGCAAGCAGGCCAGGAAGGCGGAAUCGAAUCAUCUGAAUCCCGUUGAACUUGAAAUGCAGAAGACGCCCUCUGGCGGAGCCAGAUCUGGCGGUGGUGCUGGCUAUGAGGCUCUGGGAGAUGCCAACGAGGGCGGCGAAGGACUGGGGCAGCUCACCAAAGAGGAGCUGGAGGACGCCCUGGAAGCACAGCAAAUGUCCGAGGAGGAGCGCAAUGCGCGCCUGAACCAGUGGGCCCAGGAGCGCUCAGAGAAGCUGCGCCUGGAGCACCGGGAUUUUUUCCUUCUGCGCAAGGUGGUCCUGGUGGUGUUCAUGCUUUGCUAUAUCCUGGGCUCUGUUGGCCUCCCGUACUUGCACCGGACGGAGGCAAGUUGCUCUCAAGGCUUCUUUUGGGAGACGCAUAUGCAGUUCCUUUUGCUCUUUUGCGUCACCAAGCUCGCUGAGCUUGGGCUCAUGUUCGCUGAUGACAUGGUCCCGUGGGACCAGGUGGAGACAAGCCACUUUCUUCUCAAAUUCCUGCCAUCCUUCCUGGGAUACCUUGAUGGCUACACGGAUGCCAACGCAGUAUUCAUUGCGGGAUCCUGCGAUGACACCCUGGCACAAACACUGGCAUACCUGAUGGGGAUCUCGUAUUUGGUGGGUGUUGUUCUCUUGCAGUGGGUGCUGAUGUUCAUACUUGCUGCGGGAGAUCCGUCACAUGCCUGUCUCCUGAAGCUGCUGCAUAUGGACAUGCUGGCCUCGUGCAUGACCCUGCCGGCAGACCAGAAGUGGGUCUGGGACAUGCUGGCCUUGGUCCGCACUUUCGGGGAAGACAUGCCGCAGGCCGUCCUGCAGACGGUCUAUUUGGUCAAGGUGAAGAGGAACUGGUUCAUGCUGGUCUCGGUGAUCAUGGCGCUGUGUGCUUCCAUCAAGGCCCUGCAUGAGGCCCGUGCCAGGGCCCUGGCAGCCACCGGCGCGGACAAGGAAUAUGAGAACCGCGAGCGCGAUUUCAUGGUGUACAGCUGUUCCCAAGAUGCUACCAUCAGGAGUUGGAAUGUGAAGGAGGGUACUUGUACCUCCACCAUCUCGUCUCGCGGCCCUGCAAAUGCCAUCGCCGCUUCGGGUGGCAGGCUCUACAGCGCCCACGAUGACGGCCUCAUUCGCGAAUGGUCACUGGAGACUGGUCAGCAGACUCGCACGUUUCCACACCCCGGAAGCAAUGCAACUGUCCGCGCCGGGAGGUAUCUGUUUUCCUGGGCCUCUGCAGCCCACGGAUGCAAGUACAAGAUGUUUUCCCUGGAGUCUGGAGAGUGCUUGAACGAUUUUCCAGCGCCUUCGAUGUACAAAGCGUCCCUCUUCAUCAAGGGGGACUCCUUUUACGGCACGAGCACCAGCACUUCUGAGGUCUGCCGAUGGAGCAUCUCCUCCGGCGAUCUGCUGGGCACCUUUGCCGGGCACCGGCGCCCCAUCAACGCCAUCUUCGCCACCAGCAAGCGGCUCUUCACCGGUGCCCAGGAUGGACUCGUCAAGGAGUGGAGCUUGGACUCUGGCCUGGAAACACGCACCUUCUCGGACCACCAGGAUGGCUUCCUGGCGCCCUUGGCCGUGGUCACGGACAAGCUCUACAACGGCUCUGGCGUGCAGCACGACAUCAACGAGUGGUCCUUGCUCACUGGUCAGCUGCUCAGGCGCUUUGCCGGGCAUGGGCGGGCAGUGAUGAGCAUCGUUAUGUUGGAGCAGAAGCUUUACAGCUCCUCACACGACGCCACCAUCAAGGAAUGGUCCUUAGCCACUGGCGAAUGUGAGCAAACCUUUGAGGGCCAUACAAGCUACGUCAGCAAUAUCAUCGUGAUGUACCGUGAUGACUAGGCAAAGCUGGCAGGGUGGAGAAAGAUGAUUUGAAAGGCAGACCCGGCUGAAUUUACAGGGAACCCCAACAGCAGAUUGUUUGAGCAGCAGUUUUCUUUCGCACGCGCUUUUACAGGUUCUUCGCCCCAGCCUGCGAAGCAGCGAAGCAGCUUCCGCUGCCCUCCAAGGAGGGCAGCUUGGCUCUCCCUUUGAGACCGCGAUUGCAAAAGCAACACGCAGCUCUUAACUCAUGGUUGUGGGAAAUGGGGUCUGAAGUGAUAAAGAAGUCGCGGACCAUGAUCCAUAUAGGUAGCACAGACAGGGCGAUUGUUUCAACCGUGGCCGAAGUCCGGAGUCCUACAGGGUCUCAAGACGAGCUCCUCUUGGAGUGCAAGGCUGCUGCAGAAGAUGCGCAGCGAGUGAGGGAGCCAAUGCAUGGUCACAAAGAUCCAUGCUGAUCCUAUCCCAUUCCGGCUCCAUGUGUGCAGGAUUAGGGGC